UGGUGUUUGUGUGGACAUAGUUGGUGGUGUUGGGGAGGUAUUAUAACGAGAGAUAGCCGCUACACCCCCACCCCCAUCUCUCUCUCUCUGUGGACGGGAGGUCAGCAGACCGUGACAAUGCGUGGAAGGAAGAGAAGGAGCGUUUUCAAUUCGUCACCAGCCCUUGUCACAGCCUAUCUGCCGAGCGGUCCGCUGCGAAUUCCAUCCGCUGGACAUCGACAGCUCGGCAAAGCCGGGGGGGGGGGGGGGGGGGCCUUAUCCGGAGGACGCCUUCUCUGGCUCUCUCUCUCUGCUCCCCUCUCUCUCUCUUUGAGCAUCACGAAUCUCAAACUCAACGCGAUUGUCAGCCGAAGCGAUAGGCGCGCGCCAUCGUGAAUGUCCGCAGGGUUUCCGCGGCUGUCGUCGAGAACGCUCGAGGGCCAUCGUCAUCAUCAUCACCAGCACCACCACCACCAUUACCACCGUCGUCUUCCUCGUAUUGGGCAGCAUCAGCAUGCCAGCGCUGAUCCUGCUGUGUCUGCUACUGGCCGCGGUCAACGUGUUCGCAGACCCGUUCCAGAUGCGCAACGCCAAGAGCCCCGACUGCCUGUCCACGGUCGCGGGCUCCCCGCGUCUCUGGAUGGCGAAGUGCGACGAGCGGCUGCCCGGGCAGCGGUGGCUGUGGCUGCCUGGGGGUCGCCUCCGCAGCCACGCCGAGGGCUCCUGCCUGGGGUACAGCGGCUCCCGCUUCCACCUGGGCCAGCCGGCCAGCCUGGUGAGCUGCCGGCACGCCCCCGGAUGGUCGUGCGUGACGCGCGACCGUGAUGCGGACCUCCUAGCGGUGCGCGACCGCUCGCUGCUGCUCAGCAAGCAAGGCACGUGGGUCGUGGUGCGGCACUUCGAGCGCAAGUACCCGAGCUCGUGGCGGCGAGCAGAGCCAGGGAGAAGCCUCGCCUCGCUCUGUGCAGAGCCACGGCCGACAUACGAGGAGGAGGAGGAGGUUGAACUCAAGGUCCGGGCCGAGUACAAGGUGGCCCUGCCCAGCGACGAGGCUGAGCUGAGCAGCAACGAGACGAGCACGCAGAGAACGCAACCCAUCCCUGUCGCCACCGCAGCCGCCUCCCCGACAACAACCACAACUACAACAACAACCGCAACAACUACAACAACAACGACACCGCCACCAACAACAACAACAACGGCCACAACCACGGCCGCGUCGACCCCAACGCCCCAGCCCGACUGCGGCGUCCGCCACCUGACGGCGGAUGUCUUCCUGCAAGGCGCGCUGCUCACAUGGUCAGCCGUCAGCCGCGGCUGCUCCUUCACCGCCCGCUACGUUGGGGAGGAUGGGUUCGACUCUCAGCUGGCCGACUGCGAUGGAGGAGGAGGUGGAGCAGGAGGAGGAAGAGAGGCCGCAGCAUCGGCUGCUGCUGCUGCCGUCCCCAUGUAUUCGUGCACUCUGAGUGACCUGCGACCUGGCAGCGGCUACAGAGUGGACGUGCGCCCGGCACGAGGCGUCGGGAGCGCCGCCAGUCUGCCGAUCCGCACCGUGCCCGAAGCCGUGUCUCGGCUGCACGUCCUCCGCGACGCGACGACGGAACGCAGCCUCACGGUGUCGUGGCUCCCGCCGCCCGGCGCCGCCCACGGCUACGAGGUGCUCGCCGAGGCCAAGGAGCCCAACGGCCCCCCCGGCCGGGCCGUCGCCGAGGUGGUGGAGGCCGUCGCCGCCGCCGCCGCCGCCCUGCCGCUGUCGGCCACCGUGGGCCGCCUGAGCCCGGGCACCAGAUACGAGGUGUCCGUGCGGGCGCGCGCCGGGGACCGCCAGGGAGCUUGGGCGCGCGUCGAGGCCACCACGUGGGCCCCGGCGGCCCGGGCACGGCCCUCGUCUCGUGGGACCCCCCCGAGGGCCGCGCGGAGGCCCUGGUGGUGCGAGCGGCCGCGGCGACGGCCCCCUUCCCGGCGGGGGGGGUCGGGGCCCUCGCGGGACAGCCCCUCGCUGCCGCCGUCGACGCGUCAGUGGGCCCUGCGGGACGUCACGCCGGGCCGGGCCUACGCCGUGUCGGUGCGCUCCCUGCUGGGCGGCGGUGGCGGCGCGCACAGCGAGGCGGUGGUCACCUACCGCGCAGAUCCGGCGCCCGUCCCGCGGCUCGCCGUGACCGGAGGCCCCUCGCCGGGCGAGCUGAGCGUGAGCUGGGCCGCGACCCCCGGCGACGCCGACCGCUACGAGGUCACCGUACGGCCGGCGACCCCGGACGAAGCCGGCGCGGCCGUGGCGGCGGUGGCGGUGGUGCCGUCCCCGCCAGCGCCGCUGCGCUCGUUGUCCGUGCCGGCGGCGGCGGCGGCCGUUGGCGACCUCAGCUGCCGGUUCCGGGACCUCGAGCCGGGCCGCGAGUACGCGGUGACGGUGAGCGUCGUGAGCGGAGACGCCAGUGCCGGCAGCACCGGCAGCGGCAGCGCAGCGCCGGCCCCCGCGAGCGACCUGGCCGUGAACUCCUCGAGCCGCGAGGCCUCCGUCUCCUGGGUGGCCGCCCGCGGCCGCGCGUCUCGCUGCGAGCUGAGCCUGCUGGCCGCGGCCAGCGGCGAGCUCGUCUCCAGCCACGCCGUGCCCUGCCGGCCGGCGCGUGCCCGCGGUGACCGCGGCGACGAUGGGAAGGACGGGACGGAGGAGGCAGGGCGGCUGCGGUUCACGGUGCCCGGCGUGUACCCGGGACGGGCGUACCGCGUGUGCGUGGACACGCACGCCCGCGGCCAGGUGGCGAGGGCGUGCGAGGAGACGCGCGCCGUCCCGUUGGCCGUCUCCGAUCUCCGCGUGCACAACGUGAGCACGAGCGGCGUGAGCAUCGCGUGGACGCGGCCCCACUCCGACCUGGACACGUACCGCGUCCUCUUGCACGCGCCCGAGGCCCAGGCGGACCUCCGGCCAGCACCCGAACGCCUCCUGCCCGAGCCUCGAGGCCUUCCGCCGGGACGUGACAGCCUCGAGGCGGGACGUCCGGACCUCCAAUCGGAACCUCAGGACCAUCAGCCGCGGCGCCGAGACGUCCGGCUGCAGCGUCCAGACCUCCAGCAAGGACGUCCAGACGUCGAGCAAGGACGUUCAGACCUCCAGCAAGGACGUUCAGAUGUCCAGCAAGGACGUUCAGACCUCCAGCAAGGACGUUCAGACCUCCAGCAAGGAAGUCCAGACCUCCAGCAAGGGCGUCCAGACCUCCAGCCAGGCCAUCCAGACCUCCAGGCAGCACGUCAAGAUGUCCAGCAAGGGCGUCAAGAAGUCCAGCCAGAACGCCGAGACCUUCACGAGCGGACGUUGCCCCGAGAUGCCACGGAGACGGUGUUCCACAACCUCACAGCGGGGCGCCUCUACUUCAUCCUCGUCUUCACCAUCAGUGGCAACCUCAGCAGCUUCUCAUCCGUGUCGGCCAGGACCCUGCCGUCCCCGGUGCCGGACCUGCGGGCGGACAACGGCGGGGCGGUGGACUCGCUGCGAGUGAGCUGGGGCCCAGCGGCGGGCGACGUGGAUGGCCUGCGCGUCUCCCUGCUGCGCGGGAAGUCGCUGGUGACGGAGGCGUCGCUGCCGCCGGGGGCGCGGGAGCACGCCUUCGGCGGGCUCGUGCCGGGGGGCCGCUACCUGGUGCAGGUGGCGGCGCUCAGCGGGGGCCGUGCGGCCACCGCCUCCGUGUCGGAGCUCACGGUCCCCGGCAGCGCGGUGGACGUGGCGGCGACCAACGCGGGCCGCGGGGAUCUCCUCCGCGUCUCGUGGGCGCCGCCCGCGGUGGGCGUCGUGGACCGGUACCGGCUGACGGUGCGACGCGCCGGCGGCGGCGGAGGCGGCGGCGAGGCCGUCUACAGCCAGGAGCAGCCGCGCUGGGUGACCGAGACGUCCGUGUGGUCGCUGGUGCCCGGCCGCGUCUACACCGUCUCGGUGGAGACGUGCAGCGGGACAUACUGCAACCGCAGCGACGUGGCGGCGCAGACGCACCCGGCCGCGGUGUCGGGCGUGCGCGUGGCCGAGCGACGCCAGGACGGCCUGCGCCUGGCGUGGACCGCGGCCGCGGGCGACGUCGACCACUACGCCGUGCGCUGGGAGGCCGUGUCCAAGCGGCCCGGCGCCACCGCGCAAGACGGCGCGAGCCGCGGCGGCGCCGCUCAGCUCGCCAACGACACGACGGAGAUCGAGCUGCGGCAGCUGACACCGGGCAGCGCCUACUCGGUGACCAUUGAGACCUGGGCCGGCGACGCACACAGCGACGUCGUCACGGAGGAGCGCACCAUGCCGGCGGAGGUGCGCAACCUGGCGGUGCGCAACCAGAACGAGGCCGGCGCCGGCGCCGGCCUGGUGGCGUCGUGGGUGCGUCCCGCCGGGGACUACGACGACUUCUUGGUGGCGCUGCGGCACGAGGGCGAGGCGGUGCGCAGCGAGACGGUGGCCCGCGACGGCACCGGGUGCACCUUCCGGCGGCUGACGCCGGGCCGCCGCUACGCGCUCACCGUGGUCACCCGCAGCGGCCCCUACGACUCGCCCGCCGUGGCCUACGGCAAGACGCAGCCGGCUGCGGUGUCGCGCCUGCGCGUCGAGGAGCGCUCCACCGACCGCCUGCUGCUGCGCUGGGACCCUCCGGUGGGCGACGCCGAUCGGGUGGAGGUGCGGCUGGUGGCGUCGGUGUCGCCCGGCGGCGUCGACCCGGCGAGCCUGCCCAGCUCGUCGGACGGCUACGUGGCGCGCGAGCUGGCGCCGGGGCGCGUCUACAACGCGAGCGUCACCACGUGGAGCGGCCAGGAGCGGCGCACCGCGAGCAUCGCGGCGCAGACGGAAAUGUCCUGCAAAUCACCCACUUCCUCGCGUUCCCCCCAUUUCUCCACCUCCCUCGGUCCCUCGCGUCGCCCGCAUCUCCGCGUCGCCCACGUCUCGACGUCGCCCACGUCUCGACGUCGCCCACGUCUCCACGUCGCCCGCAUCUCCACGUCGCCCGCAUCUACACGUCGCCCACCUCACCACAUUUCCCACGUCUCCACGUCGCCCGCAUCUCCACGUCGCCCACGUCUCCACGUCGCCCGCAUCUCCACAUUUCCCACAUCUCCACGUCACCCACAUCUACACGUCGCCCACGUCUCCACGUCGCCCGCAUCUCCACGUCACCCACAUCUACACGUCGCCCACGUCUCCACGUCGCCCACCUCUCCACGUCGCCCACAUCUCCAUGUCGCCCACAUCUCCACGUCGCCCACGUCUCCACAUUUCCCACAUCUACACGUCGCCCACGUCUCCGCGCCGCGCUCAGCUCCGGGCUCCGUGCGGGCGCUGGCGGCCGUCGGGCUGGACUCGCGCUCGCUCUCCGUCACGUGGUCCCCGGCGCCGGGCGACGUCACCUCCUACUUGGUGUCGCUGUGGCCUCCGCUCGGUGGCAGCGGUGGCGGGGGUGGGGUCGGAGCCGCCGGGACCAAGCGCAACCUCACGCUGCCGCCCAGCGCCACCAAUGCCACCGUGGGGCGGCUGGCGCCGGGCCACGAGUACCGCGUCGCCGUCGCCGCCGUGAGCGGCGCGCUCAGCGGGGAGCCCGAGGUCAUCACCGGCAGAACCGUGCCAGGCACGGUGAGCAACCUGGUGGUGGACAACCGCUACUCGACCGACCUUCUCAUGGCUCGCUGGCGCCCGUCGCCCGGCAAGGUGGACGCCUACCUGCUGCGCCUCACCGACGGCAAUGGCUCGCUGGUGGCGAACGCGACGGCCGAGCCGGGCGACGCCGAGUUCUCCUUCCCGGGCCUCGUGCCGGGCUCGCCGUACCGCGUCGCUGUCACCGCCACCAGCGGCGGAGUGAGCAGCACCGCCGUCUCAGCUGAAGGCAGGACCGUGCCGGCGAGCGUGCCGUCGGUGUUCGCGGACAACGACGGCCGCCCGGCACAGCUGUCGGUGCGGUGGCACCCAUGUCCCGGCGCCGCCGAGCACUACAUGGUGCAGCUGCUGAGUCCCAACGACAGCCUCAUCAGCAGCCAGCUGGUGCCGGCGGCGCGGGCCCGGCACGCCUACGGCGACCUCACGCCGGGGCGACUCUACCGCGUGCGUGUCUUCACCGUCAGCGGCGGCCUCUUCAGCUCGGCCGCCACGGCACAGGCGCGAACGCUGCCGGCGACGGUGACCGGGCUGCGCUCGACCGACGCCAACAGCACGGACUCGCUGCGCUUCGCGUGGACGGCCGCGUCGGGCGACCACGACUUUUACGAGAUCCGGCUGCACAGCGCCGACGACAAGGCGCUGCUCGAGAGCAAGCUGGGCGCCCCCGCCGUGGGGGGCUGGGACUUCGGGGGGCUGGCUCCGGGGCGGCUCUACACGCUCAGCGUCACCACGUACAGCGCCGAGCUGAUGAGCGAGACGAGCGUGCAGGCGCGCACACUGCCCCGGGCCCCGUUGCGCCUCUCCUUCCGCAACGUGAGCACCACGGCGGCCGAGCUCGUCGUCGACUACCCGUGGGUCGCCGGCGUCGCCGACCUCUCCGUGGUCGUGCGGCCGAGCCACCCCGGCCUGCGCGUGCGGCCGCGGCCGCCGGGCGCCGGCGGCGCGCCGCUCGACGCUCGCCGCUGGCUGGCGGGGCUGGUGCCGGGCCGCGGCUACGCGGUGGCCGUGCGGGCGCUGAGCGGCGGGGUGCUGCCCACGAUCAGCGAGGCCUGCCACGGGUUCGUGCGAACCGUCCCGCUGCGUCCCGCCGCCUUCCACUGCCGCCCGGAGAACUCGACGGCACUCUCGUGCUCGUGGUCGGCGCCGGCGGGCUCCGACGUGGACGCGUUCCUCGUCGCCUGCGACCCGUCCUCCGGCGGCCGUGGUCGCCGCGUCUCGGCGCUGCUGCCCGCCGGGGCCGCCGCGGUUUUUUCCCACGUCCUCGCCAACCUGGAGCCGCACAACAACUACACCGUGACGCUGAUGGCCGUAUCCGGGGAGCGGCACAGCGCCGCCGCCGUCCAGGCCAUCGUCACCAUGAUCGAUCGGCCCCCCGAGCCGGCGCGCGAGGCGGCCCCCGCCGACAGGAGCAGCGUGGCGUUCCGCAAGGGGAUCCGCUUCAACAUCAGCUGCGACUGGUUCAGCGACGCCAACGGGGAGAUCAAGUUCUUCAGCGUCAUCGUCCACGAGUCCCAGGACACGUCGCCCGCCAAGCCGGAUCCGCGGCGCUCGCUGCCGCCGUACGAGGAGUACGCGCGCAACGCCUCCGUCAAGGUGUACGCCACGCCGCCCUUCGCCAACCGCUGCCUGCGCGACCGCCUCGGCGCCUUCUCCACGCAGGUCGGCGCCGGGCGCGCCGACGCCGCCUGGGGCUGCGCGGACGCCGCGGGGGGGCCCUGCCACGGGGGGCCGCUGCGGCCCAACACGCCCUACCGGCUGAGCGUGAGGGCCUACACGGCGCUGCAGGACGUCCCCCGAGGUCUCGACGAGCCGCUCUUCACCGACACAUUCUUCUCCGCGCCCAUCCUCACCGCGCCAGAGGAGUUCUGGGGCCCGGUGGAGGGAACCCUCGCCGGCAUCGCCCUCUCGCUGCUGCUCGUCUCCACCGCCGCCCUCCUCUACUGGAAGCGCAAGGCCCUCGUGCCGCAAAAGCGGGACAAGCCGAUGCAGCUGAAGUCGCCUGAGAAAACGGCGGGCUCCAAGACCCAACGCAAGACCGAGAGGAGUCCCAUCUACCUGUCCGACUUUGAGAAUCACCUGCGCAAGCUGCAGGCCGACUCCAAUUACCUCCUCUCGCAGGAGUUCGAGGAUCUCAAGGACGUGGGGCGGCAGCAGUCCCAGGAUGCGGCGCUCCUACCGGAGAACCGCGGCAAGAAUCGCUACAACAACGUACUGCCCUACGACGCGACGAGGGUUAAGCUGUCCUGCUUCGACGACGACCCCAGCUCCGACUACAUCAACGCCAACUACAUCCCGGGCUGCAGCUUCCGGCGCGAGUUCGUGGCGACGCAAGGCCCCCUUCCCGGAACGAAGGACGACUUCUGGAGGAUGGUGUGGGAGCAGAACGUACACAAUGUCGUCAUGGUGACGCAGUGCGUGGAGCGAGGGCGGGUGAAGUGCGACCACUACUGGCCGUUCGACCAGGACCCCCUGUACUACGGCGAUCUCAUUGUGCAGAUGUUCUCCGAGUCUGUGCUGCCUGAGUGGACGCUCCGCGAAUUCAAGAUCUACACGGAGGACCCGUCAGAGAGCCCGCGCGUGGUGCGGCAGUUCCACUACACGGUGUGGCCGGACCACGGCGUCCCUGAGACGGCGCACUCCCUCGUGGGCUUUGUGCGUACCGUGCGCGACUACACCAACCGCAGCCCUGGCGGGGGUCCGACUGCGGUGCACUGCAGUGCCGGGGUGGGCCGCACUGGAACGCUCAUCGCGCUGGACCGGCUGCUGCAGCAGAUGGACAGCGCCGGGGCGGUGGACGUCUACGGGACAGUGCGGGACAUCAGGCAGCACCGGGUGCUCAUGGUGCAGACAGAGUGCCAGUACGUGUUCCUGCACCAGUGCGUGCUGGAGGAGCUCCGAUCCAAGAAGAGCCGCAGCCUCCUGGGCAGUGUAGCGGCUCCCGUCUACGAGAACAUCGAGCCCAGACGCCCGGACGGUGAGACGCGCAACAGCUUUAACCCAUUCAUGAUAAAGGUUUUUGGGUUAGAUCGCGUUUAUUUAUAAAUGUGUCGUAAACCCUCCACCACCCGACAC